CUCAACUAGUUCACCCCCUAGCCAUUCUCUCAUCUCAGUUCCCCAUCAAGAAUCCAUAUAUUCAAGAAUGGCUGCCAAUGCAUUGAUGAGCUGCGCCGCCGCAGCCGCUGCCGUUUGCCCCUCCGUCCUCUCCUCCUCCAAGUCAAAAUUCGCGGGCUCCGUAGGGUUUGGCACCAAUGCCGCCACCUCUAGGUUCACCAUGUCCGCCGAGUGGAUGCCCGGCCAACCCCGCCCGCCCUACCUUGAUGGAUCAGCCCCAGGGGACUUUGGAUUCGACCCGCUUCGUCUAGGGGAAGUCCCGGAGAAUCUAGAGAGAUACAAGGAAUCCGAGCUCAUUCACUGCAGAUGGGCUAUGCUUGCUGUUCCUGGAAUUCUUGUACCGGAGGCUUUGGGUUUGGGUAAUUGGGUCAAGGCCCAGGAAUGGGCAGCAGUCCCAGGAGGGCAAGCCACGUACUUGGGUAACCCGGUUCCAUGGGGCACCCUACCCACCAUUUUGGUGAUUGAAUUCGUGGCAAUUGCCUUUGUGGAGCACCAGAGGAGCAUGGAGAAAGACCCGGAAAAGAAGAAGUACCCGGGUGGGGCUUUUGACCCGUUGGGCUACUCCAAGGACCUGAAGAAGUUCGAAGAGCUCAAAGUCAAGGAAAUCAAGAAUGGGCGUCUUGCGUUGUUGGCGUUCGUGGGAUUCUGCGUGCAGCAAUCGGCGUACCCUGGUACAGGGCCACUGGAGAACUUGGCGACGCACCUGGCGGAUCCAUGGCACAACAACAUCGGAGACGUUAUCAUUCCUAGAUCACUUUCGCCUUGAAACCCCCACAUACAUAUAUCUGUAACAUUAAUUAACGUGUAUGUGAUAUGGAUGAAUGGAAUGGCAUCCACCUCCUUGUGUAUGUUUUCUCCUCCUCUCUAAAUUGUUUCUUCACACACUUAAUUAAUUGAUUAGGCAAAAAAUGAAACUACCUCUUAUUUCA